AUGACCCCGGCGUUCCGCCAGGGCGGUGCGCCCUCUGUGCGUUCCGGGUCGAGCUCGGUGCCGACAGGGAUAGAGAAGCUUUUUCUCAGUUUCCCCAGCAUCGAACUUCGCGGUGGAGUUCCAACCAGCUCGGAGCGCGGAGGUCCGCGCACGGCUCCUCCAGGAAUCCAGCCACGCUGGGAAUACAAAGGAACAAAGGAGCGGUGCUGGGGAGCCCGUAGCCGCUCCGGGUUGAGUUGGCUCAAGCACAGCUGCUCCGGGAUGAUUUCACGCGCGGGGAUUUGGCAUGCACCGUCCUUCUAUGCCCCGAGCGGAGACUUGCUGUUUGGAUUAAGAACUGAUCGCAUUAAUAUGCUUUCCCUCUUCUCUUACCUGCCUGCGGUGUGUUUUCACAGAGCUCCCACCAACGCUGACUCAUUGGAGGUCUUCUUGGAAGUGUGCUGUCCUGAAGACAGGCCAGACAGCACAUUGCCUGGGAAUUUUGGAGUGAUCACUAAAGGGUCAGGUGUUGGGAUUCCUGAGGAAAUUUGCCAGUGCAUCCUGGCUGAGUUUCAUCAUCUCUCAGCAGAACUCAUUGAGAAGAAGGAAGAGAACAAUAUGAAGAGGAAGAAGGAGCAGCCAAGGGAGCACCUCAGUGCCUGGGACUGCCCUCGUGGCCCAGUUGGUUUACACAACAUUGGACAGACCUGCUGCCUUAACUCAUUGAUUCAGAUAUUAAUUAUGAAUGUGGACUUCACCAAGAUAUUGAAGAGGAUAACAGUACCAAGGGGAACAGAAGAGCAAAGGAGAAGUGUUCCCUUCCAGUUACUCUUGCUACUGGAGAGGAUGCAGGACAGCCGGCAGAAAGCAGUGCAACCCUUGGAGCUUGCCUCCUGUCUCCAGAAGUACAAUGUUCCAAUGUUUGUUCAACAUGAUGCUGCUCAACUCUACCUCACAAUAUGGAACCUAAUUAAGGACCAAAUCACAGAUGUGGACUUGGUAGAGAGGCUGCAGGCCCUUUAUACAAUCCGAAUGAAGGAGUCCUCGGUUUGCCUUGAGUGUACAAUGGAAAGAAGGAGAAAUAGUAGCAUGCUGACCCUCCCCCUUCCUCUUUUUGAUAUGGACUCAAAGCCCCUGAAAACCCUGGAGGAUGCCCUUCGCUGUUUCUUCCAACCAAGGGAGUUAUCAGGCAAAAGCAAAUGCUUCUGUGAGAACUGUGGGAAGAAGACUUGUGGGAAACAGGUCCUGAAGCUGACCCAUUUGCCCCAGACCUUAACAAUCCACCUCUUGCGGUUCUCCAUCAGAAAUUCACAGACAGAAAAAAUCUGCCACUCACUCUAUUUCCCCCAGAGUUUGGAUUUAAGUCAGAUCCUUCUGAUUGAUGAAGACCUCUGCAACUCUGAGGAAGAGCUUGGAAGACAGUAUGAGCUCUUUGCUGUGGUUGCCCAUGUCGGGGCAGCUGACUUUGGUCAUUACUGUGCUUAUAUCCAGAAUUCUGUGGAUGGAAAAUGGUUCUGCUUCAACGACUCCAAUGUUUGUUGGGUAUCCUGGGAAGACAUCCAAUGUACUUAUGGAAAUCAUAACUGCCGCUGGCGGGAAACUGCAUAUCUUCUGGUUUACAUGAAGAUUGAAUCCUAAUGGAUGUACCCUAAACUGUCAGAGGCUGACAGAGUUUCAUUUUCCUUUUCUAUCCCUGAAUCUGCUGACUCUCAAGAGAUUUUGCAGUGUGAAGGAUCAUUUGCAAAUUGUAUAGUUAAACUUUAUUUAUAAUCAGGGUUGAUUAUCAAAAUAUUUAGCAGUAAUUCUGCAUGGGUCUUGAUCAGUCAGAAUAGAUACUUCCACUGGCCAAUGGCUACAGCUGGGACCUGAGUGCUCCCUGCUGUGGAAGGCAUUAAUCCUUUAGUUAAGAGAGUACAGGGGUCGCAGUGCUCCCAUGGGAGGAGAAACCAGGCCAACAAUGGUAGUGGGGCAUUCAGGUGGCAAGGGGCAGUGGUAGAGAGGUAUUAAACAAUUUUGGAACCCAUAUUAGUUUAAUAAAAGUCAAGUGUUUUGUAAUUGUUAUUCAUUCGUUUGACAUAUAUGUAUUGAUCACCUACUCAAUAAGCUGGUGUGCUAGGCACCAUAAUGAAUAAAGUUCUUUUUCUUCAAAGGAA